UUGCACACAAAACAGGCAUGGCGUCCUUCAAUGAAUAAGUAGCUGACAUUUAACCAUUUGCCAUUUUGUAUCUAUUUUCGGUUGUUUUUUUUUUAACGUAGAUGUAGAAAUAUCAUUCAUAAUGGCGACCAGGACCGCGUGUCAAGUUCUUCAGCGCCACUUUGCAUCUGCCGCCACGGUAGUGCGUCCAUCGGCCGCUGAGGUCCGCAGCCAGCGCAACGCCAUCUUCUCCAGAGAGCAGGCCAGGCAGAGAGCUUUGUACCCUCGCGUUGAGAAGAUCGAGGUGUCCAUGCACGGCCCGGGGCUGGACGGUACAAUGCUCAUCAUGAACAGAGGAAUGUCCACACCACUGAGCUGUGCCAGACACUUGACCGAGCAUCAUGUGACCAACUCUGUACUGGCCCUGGUGGAUGGGAAACCGUGGCCUCUCCACCAGCCCCUCACCCACUCCUGCGCCCUCACUCUGCUCACAUUUAAAGACAGUGACCCAACGCUGGUCAACGAGGCCUAUUGGCGUUCCUGCGCCGCCUUGCUAGGCCAGGUACUGGAGACUGCGUUCAAAGACGACUUUGCUGUGGAGCUGCUUAGCACACCAGAGGUGCCAGUCACUUCAGGUGCUUUCUGUUGUGAUGUGGUGCUUGACCCUCAGCUGGACUCAUGGACUCCCUCUGAGGAGUCGUUGCGGUCUCUGACCCGAGGGGCUCAGCAGCUGAUCCACCAGGACCUGGCCUGGGAGCCUUUGGAGGUGGCGCCCUCUGUGGCGCUGGAGGUCUUCUCACACAGCAGGUGUAAACAGGAGGAGGUGGAACAGAAGGCAGCACAAAAUCCCAAAGGCACAGUGAUGCUUAACAGAUGUGGUGACCAUGUGCUGCUGAGUUUGGGCCCCCUGGUGGCCAGGACAGGCCUGUGCUCCCAGUAUGAGGUGACUGCCCUCCACAGCCUGGGACAGGGACCCUGGGGCCUCCACCGUCGAGCACAGGGCCUCUCCCUGCCUCUGCAGCUGCAGGCUCACCACUCAGUCUGGAGGAAACUGAGGCAGCGGGCAGAGAAACUGGUUGAGUUGUCAAGACCCAAAGAAGUGAAUCUUUCUUCUCCUACUGACUCAACUCCACCUCCAAUCAGCCAGUAACGACUUCGGUGUAACCUUCCACACACAUACACACUUUAACAUAUGUCUGAUUGUACAAUUUGUUCAAUAAAUGUUGAAAUGUGUCACUUCCA